CAAUGUAUGUAAGCAAUGAACUAAUCAAAGCACCUCAUUGCUCUAUAAAUGCAACGCUUGAUCUCGAUUCGCAAAUCAGUCUUGCCUCGAUCGCUUUACAGUAGUGCAAUCUUUCAUCCGAAAAGCAGUACAUAUAGUUUGAUACCAUGAAAUUCCUGUGGCUGCUCGCCUUCCUGCUCGCAUUGGUUGGCGUUGUUCUAGGUCAAGACUGUCCAGCCGGAUUCGAUCGAAAGGACAAUAAGUGCACGGUAGACCGUCCCGUUCACGGUAACUGCCCCGAUAAUACUGCUUACAGUGUGGCGCUGAACAAAUGUGUACUUAAGUGAAAGACAUUGGAUUGAUCGCGAGCAAAAAAUAUUAGGUCUAGUGGCAUUCCUCAGCUGUUGUUAAAUUGAAAGAGUUGAAAAUAAUGGAAGAAUAAUGUGGUAGAUCUAAUAAAUUGAUCAAAUCCAAUAAAUCGAUUUAUCAACUGAUUAUUAAA